AAAAAACCUUUCGGCAAGCACGUGUAGUGUCCUAUCGAUCCAAGGCUAUAGCACUAGGCUUAAUGCCUUAAGACUGGGUCGGUCCAAGGUGGUGUGAAGUGAUUCCCACAGGUUUAUGUCAACACUGUUGACUGGCAAGCAAGGGCAACCAUGGGAGAAAAGGCAGAGUCUGCAAAGCGAAGAAAAAUAGCACAUGACACCAGUGCUGAAGCAGACACAUCACUCCCAGUUGUCUCUAAGAGCAUAUCAGAGCAGCUGCUAAAAAAUCAGAGUAAUGCUCAGAAGGAAAAGCAGAAAAAAAUUAAGGAAGCUAACAAACUCAUGAAAAGGGAAAAGCGGAAGCAGCGAGUCAAGAAAGAAAAGUUGAAUGCACAUAAAGAGGUUGCAGUUUCUUCCACAAAGAAAACAUCCCCAGAAUAUGCUGUGGCAUACGUGCAGCAAUGGAAGGAAGAUAAGGACAACUGGAAGUUUCAAAAGCUGGUGCAGGCUUGGAUUCUGCAAAAUCUCCUGGAUGACACUAAAAUUAGCCGGGAGGACUUUCCGCUGGUGAUGGAGUACGCGGCGUCGGUGCGCGGCGCCGCCCGUCGCCGCCUCUCGGACGAGCUGCUGGCCGUGGUGGAGGCGCGCGACCGGUGGCCGUCGCUGCGAGCCGAGGGCCAGAGCCGCGAGCAGGCGUGCGAGGCGCUCGGCCGCGCCAAGCCCUCCAAGCGGGCGUACCGACGCGCCAGCCGGCUCCUCCAGAGCAUGGGCGAUGACGAGGAGUGACCCGCGGUGGCGGCGGUGGGCGGGUGUGAACCCGGCAUGUCAGCCAAGCGGACAAGACGGCGUGCCGCGGGGUCGACCGGCGCGUCCCGAGACCGGACCACCGGUGGCGAGGGAUGAUGGGAGCGAGCGAUGCACGGCAGUAUGGCCUCGAUCUGUCGAUCUGUCCGCCGUGACAGAACUCCCGUGGUUUUGGACUCGUGCUCGACGUGUGUGGAGCGUUCCCCCGGUCGGUGGUGGGGCUCUCCGACGCGCAAGGAGCUGUUCCGCGGUGCUGUUAUUUGCGCUGUUGGGAGGCGGGGUAGGUUGCCGCGCUUCGCCGUCCGUCGGUGACAGUGGACUGCAAGAUGCCGGAAGCUUCUACCAGGUGUUUAUGUUUGUUUGAAAUGCAUGUCGACGACUC